AUGGCUAUUGCUGAAUGGGCUAUCAUCAAUUGCAUUCCAUUUAAUGUAUUAGAUUGCCCUUCAUUUCAAAAACCCAUAGAUGUUAUUGCUUCUAUUGGGCCAGGGUUCAAAGCCCCUAAUGCUUAUGAAUUUACAGUCAAUUUGUUAACAGAUUGGAAAAAAGAAUGUCAAUUACUUAUUGAGAGUCAUCGAGCUAAAUGGAAAAACACUGGAUGUACACUCAUGGCUGAUGGUUGGAUAGAUAUGAGGCAGCAAACUUUGAUUAAUUUCUUAGUCUAUUCUACACAUGGAAUGGUUUUUGUGAAAUCUGUUGAUGCUUCAGAUUUGGUAAAAGAUGCUAGGACUUUAUUCUCGUUGUUCUGUGAAGUGAUUGAGUGGGUUGGUCUCAAGAACAUUGUUCAUGUGGUGACUGAUAAUGUUGUAAAUUAUGUAGCAUGUGGCAAGUUGAUUAAGGAAAAAUAUAAAAAUAUUUAUUGGUCACCUUGUGCUGCUCAUUGUUUGAACCUUACUUUAAAAGAUAUAGCAAGCUUAGACAAUGUGUCAGCACUUGCAACUAAGACAUCAAAGAUAACUAUUUUUGUUUAUAAUCAUAUGAUCUUCUUGUCAUGGCUUAGGAAAAGAUCAGAUUGGAAAGAAAUUGUACGUCCUGGUCUAACAAGAUUUGCUACUACAUUUAUCACAUUGCAUAGCAUAUAUAUGCAUAAGCAUGACUUGCAAGCUUUGGUGACUGAUAAGCACUUUGUGGAUCACAAAUUGUCAAAGACUCAAGCUGGAAUAAUUGUUACUGCCAUCAUAUUAGAUAAUGACUUUUGGGGUGAUUGCUUAGAAAUUGUGAAGGUUGUGUCUCCUCUUAUAAAGUUGUUGAGAAUUGUGGAUUCAAAUGAGAAGCCUUCUUUGCCUUAUGUUUAUGAAGGCAUGCAAAGGGCAAAAACAGCAAUUAAGGCAACAUUCAACAAUAAGAAAGAUUAUUACAAGCCUUACACAAGCAUUAUUCAAGCUCAAUGA